CCCUGACUCAGUCAUCGUCUCCUUCCUUAACUUUUCUCAAUUUCCCAAAGUCUCUGCUUUCAUCUUACAGUUAACUCACAGCCUCAAAUGCUCUAGCUUUCUUGCUAGGUCUCUUUACUUUCUUAUCUCAGAAAUGGAGAAGGAUGAUGUUCCCAUGCUUCCAGUUUCAGACUCAUCAUCGUUAUCUCGUACUAGGCCUUUCACUUCCAGGUCACGUAGCGUUUCUCUCGCAAACACUUCUUCGAUCAUUGAUGGGUUCGACAGCUCGACUGUUGUUUUAGGCUACACAGGUCCUCUUCGAACUCGUAGAAGGCCUCCUUUAGUUCAGAUGAGUGGCCCUCUCUCAUCUACUCGCAGUUCUGAGCCUCUCUUUCUUCCUCCUCCUCCUACUUCCACUCGCGAUGUCUCCUCCUCUCAGCCUGAGAGGUACCCUUCUUUUACUGCUCUCGAACACAAAAACUCAGAGGAAGAGUUCGUAUUAAAACACGCACAUCUCUUGAGAUCUGGACAGUUGGGUAUGUGUAAUGAUCCUUACUGUACCACUUGUCCUUCUUACUACAACCGGAAAGCUGCCCAAAUCCCUACUUCUAGAGUUUCUGCCAUUUUUGAUUCCACUUUCCAUGAUGCUAAGGGUUGGGCUAGGAGGUUUGCUACAUCUAUUAAUAGACACUUACCAGGAAUCAUGAAUCCUCACUCCAAGUUCGUUCAGAGCUGGACUAAGUUCUUUGCCUUUUCUUGCUUGUUAGCUAUUUUCAUAGAUCCCCUCUUCUUCUUCCUCAUAUUAGUCAAGCAGAACAACAAUUGCAUUGAGAUUGAUUGGCCGAUGGCUCACACAUUUGUAGCUGUUAGAAGUGUAACAGAUGUUUUGUUCUCUGUAAACAUUCUGCUUCAGUUCCGAUUAGCCUAUGUAGCUCCUGAGUCUACGGUUGUUGGUGCUGGCCAGUUGGUAGACCAUCCAAGAAAAAUUGCUAGUCAUUACUUCCGAGGAAAGUUUUUACUAGAUUUGUUCAUAGUGAUGCCACUUCCACAGAUAUUGAUAUUAUGGAUAAUACCAGCACACUUAGCCAUAUCUGGGGCAAACUAUGCAAAGAACCUUUUACGUGCUGCAGUUCUUUUCCAAUACAUUCCCAAGUUGUAUAGGCUACUACCACUUCUUGCUGGACAAACACCGACUGGCUUCAUCUUUGAGUCGGCUUGGGCUAAUUUUUUUAUUAAUCUUCUCACCUUCAUGCUUGCUGGUCAUGUCGUUGGCUCUUGUUGGUAUCUUUUUGGUCUGCAGAGAGUUAAUCAAUGCCUUCGAGAUGCUUGCGGUAAUACCGAUCGUCCAUGCAGAGAGCUUAUAGAUUGUCAUGGUGAAACUAGCGCUUUAUCAGCUGCGUGGAAAGAUAACGCGGGUGCCAGUGCUUGUUUUCAAGAGGAUGGUUUUCCUUAUGGAAUCUAUUUGAAGGCAGUUAAUCUCACCAAUCAUAAUAGCCUCUUCACAAGAUACAGUUACUCUCUUUUUUGGGGUUUCCAGCAAAUCAGCACGCUUGCUGGAAACCUAAUUCCAAGUUACUUUCUUGGGGAGGUCUUCUUCACCAUGGGCAUUAUCGGAUUGGGGCUUUUGCUUUUCGCUCUUCUUAUUGGUAAUAUGCAGAACUUCCUUCAAUCUCUCGGUCGAAGGAAUUUGGAAAUGACUUUGAGACGGCGUGAUGUGGAGCAAUGGAUGAGGCAUAGACGGUUGCCAGGAGAUAUUAGAAAGAGGGUGCGAGAGGCUGAGCGGUUCAACUGGGCUGCUACCAGAGGAGUUAAUGAAGAAUUGUUGUUUAAGAAUAUGCCUGAUGACCUUCAAAGAGAGAUAAGAAGACACCUCUUCAUAUUUCUCAAGAAGGUGAGGAUAUUUUCGGUGAUGGAUGAAUCAAUCUUAGAUGCUAUACGUGAGAGGCUGAAACAAAGGACUUACAUAAGGAGUAGCAUGGUCUUGCACCGCGGAGGUCUAGUUGAGAAAAUGGUAUUCAUAGUGAGAGGUGAGAUAGAGAGCGUUGGAGAAGAUGGUUAUGUUCUACCAUUGUCAGAAGGAGACGUUUGUGGUGAAGAACUUCUCACUUGGUGCCUCGAACGCUCUUCUGUGAACCCCGAUGGGACAAGGAUACGGAUGCCCUCAAAGGGACUGCUUAGCAACAGAAACGUUAGGUGUGUGACAAACGUGGAGGCGUUUUCGCUGAGUGUAGCAGAUCUUGAAGAUGUAACGAGCUUGUUCUCUAGAUUCCUAAGGAGCAAUCGUGUGCAAGGAGCCAUAAGGUAUGAGUCUCCUUAUUGGAGGCUACGAGCAGCUAUGCAGAUUCAAGUGGCUUGGAGAUACCGAAGGAGACGGCUUCAGAGAUUGUACACUGAUCAGUCUAGUUACAGCCUCUAGAUUGUAAUCUUUGUUCUUGAUGACAUAAGCUUGGUGGUUAUGACAUAUGUGGUGUUACUGUAUUACAUGAUAGCUUAAUGCUUUACUUAAGUUCAUCUUUUCACUGUAAAUAUAUGAAAUCGAUGCAUUUGUUGCUUUAA